UUGUGAACCCAUGUAGCAAAUACCCGGGUUGGGUCAAGAAACGACCUUUACAGCUCAAGCCUUAAAUCCUCCAAAAACCCCGUGCCCUAGGGUUGGUUUCUGCAACAGCAGAGUUUCUAAGCAGCCAUGAACCGAGCCAAGGCAAUUCUGUUCUCCAUCAGAUUCACCAACUCAUUUCGCUCGACUCAGUUUCGAAGAGCAAGCUCACUGUGCUAUCAGGUGACUCAGUCCUCUCGUUUCUCUCCAUCUUUCUCAAAUCAAUCUUAUACUUCUGCUUUUCCUUACAUCCUUUACGGAAAACUGUUCUUUUCAUCAAAGCCAAACUCGAUUGUAGAGCUUGUUUUGGAAAACGAUUGGUCAGACGAGUUAGAGAGCGAGUUAGAAAAAUCCAGUUCAGUGUUGACACACGAAACUGUUAUCUACGUCCUUAAGAAACUCGACAAAGACCCACAAAGGACUUGGAAUUUCUUCAAUUGGGUCACCGAGAAAAAUGGGUUUAGACCCAGUUCUGCUAUGUAUAGCUUAAUUCUUAGAAGUUUGGUUCACGGGGAGUCUAUGAAGCAGUUUUGGGUGACAAUUAGGAAAAUGAAAGAGCAAGGGUUUUGUAUCGAUAAGGAGACAUAUUUAACGAUAUUAGGGGUUUUUAAGAAGGGAAAGAUGGCUAGUGAAGAAGUGGCUUUGACCCACUUCUAUAAUAGGAUGGUUCAAGAGAAUGCAAUGGAUGAGGUUGUUAAGAAGGUGGUUGAACUGGUUACAAUGUCCGUCUGGAGCAGUGAGGUUGAGAAAAAACUGGGGGAGUUAAAGAAUUCUUUUUCAGAUAAUUUUGUGUUGCAUGUGUUGAGGGAACUAAGAGGAUACCCCUUAAAGGCUUUAAGGUUUUUCCAGUGGGUUGGUGAAUGUCCGGGUUAUGAACACAGUAGCAUUACUUACAAUGUGAUUGCAAGGGUUCUUGGCCGGGAUGAUUCGAUAGGGGAGUUUUGGAGCAUGGUUGAGGAAAUGAAGAGUAAGGGUCAUGAGAUGGAUAUUGAUACUUACAUAAAGAUAUCGAGACAGUUUCAGAAGAACAAGAUGCUUGAGGAUGCAGUGAAGCUUUAUGAGAUUAUGAUGGAUGGGCCAUAUAAGCCCUCAGUUCAGGAUUGCACCAUGCUUUUACGGAGCAUCUCAUUGAGUAGUAAUCCGGAUUUAGCUUUGGUUUUUAGAGUCACGGAGAAAUAUGAGGCUGUGGGUAAUUCCCUUUGUAAGGCUGUCUAUGAUGGGAUUCAUAGGUCCUUGACAAGUGUGGGAAGGUUUGAUGAAGCAGGUAAGAUUAUGGAGUCCAUGAGAAGUGCUGGCUGUGAACCCGACAACAUCACAUACAGCCAACUGGUUUAUGGACUUUGUAAAGCAAGGAAGCUAGAAGAAGCAUGUAAGUUGCUGGAUGAAAUGGAGGCAUGUGGAUGUGUUCCUGAUAUCAAGACUUGGACUAUUUUGAUUCAAGGGCACUGUGCAGCCAAGGAGGUUGAUAAGGCAUUAAUUUGUUUUGCAAAGAUGAUGGAAAAAAACUGUGAUGCUGAUGCUGAUCUCUUGGAGGUUUUAAUAAAUGGUUUUCUUAGCCAGAAAAGGAUAGAUGGUGCUUACAAAUUGCUCGUGGAAAUGGUGAAUACGGCUCAUUUAGUACCCUGGCAAGCUACGUAUAAACUCAUGAUCAAUAAGCUUUUAGGGGUAAGGAAACUAGAAGAAGCAAUAAACCUUCUUCAUCUAAUGAAGAAACAAAACUACCCACCUUUCCCAGAACCUUUUAUUGAAUAUAUUUCAAAGUUUGGAACAGUGGAGGAUGCUGGGGAAUUCUUGAACGCAUUGAGUGCAAAGAAAUAUCCAUCCCAAUCAGCUUAUGUUCAUGUUUUUGAAUCGUUUUUUCAGGAAGGCAGAGAGUCUGAAGCCAAGGAUCUGCUCUAUAAGUGCCCUCAUCAUAUUCGUAAGCAUCCAGACAUUUGCAAACUUUUUGGGUCUGCAAAGAGUGAGUAUGCUACUGAAAAGAGGUAGUAUGUUGGUGAUUUGGGCAGUUUUGUAGCGUGAGCUGUAAAGCAAAAGCUUUAGUGCGGUUGUUAUAAUUCUCAGACAAUAUCUAUAUGGAGGGUAUUUGCUUUGUUCCUCUUUGUUUCUACUUAUUAACUGACACAAACAAAGAGUUGUAUGGCCAAUCAUCAACACACACAAUACAAAUCUGUUCAUUAAAUGACCCCUAAAUGUGGAGGAUAGUGAACAGUUUAUUAGCCAUUUA